AUCUCACUAAUAGUCUGGGCCAACCUGGCGUGGACGUGCACGUUCGGCACAGCCUGGCGACGUCGUCGACGUCCUCCUCGACAGGCGACCCCCUAACAGACGCAUGUCCACCUGGUGCACUGGCUGUCCUUCAUCUUCACUUCCUGGUAAACGAAGGGGCGCUGGUGUCGGUCACCGCCGAUGACACGGUGCAUCUGUGGAAUUACAGGCAGAAGGUGCCGCAGGUCGUGCAUAGUCUCAAAUUUCAGAAGGAAAAAAUAACACGUAUACAUCUUCCAUUACAGUCGAAAUGGCUGUAUAUAGGCACAGAGCGGGGUAAUGUCCACAUAGUACAAAUAGAAAAUUUUAAUUUAUCUGGAUAUGUGAUAAACUGGAAUAAAGCUAUAGAAGUAUCUCGAAAAACCCACCCAGGAGCAAUAGUACAUCUAAGUGAUAACCCUUUGGAUGCUAGUAAAUUAUUAUUAGGAUAUGAAACGGGUCUGGUAGCACUGUGGGACCUUAGGAAUCGAAUUGCUGAGAUGCGAUGGUUAACGACGGAGCUGAGGUCAAUAGCUUGGCACCACGAGGGCAAGCAAUUCAUGUGCUCGCAUACGGACGGUACUUUAACCACGUGGAGUCUCAGGUCGCAAGCAAAAUACGUACACAUCACCCAACCACAUGCCAAACUUACCAAGGAUGGUAAGCCUGAACAGUGUAAGCCAAUCAAUAAAGUUGAGUGGAAGACAUCGAUGUCAGGGGAAACUUAUGUGAUAUUUUCCGGUGGGAUGCCUUAUGACCAAGCGAGUAGAACGCCCUGUAUAACAGUUGUAUAUAGUAAAACGACCACAGUGCUAGAAAUGGAACACAACGUCUUAGAUUUUAUAACCCUCUGCGAGUCUCCAUAUCCAAGCGAGCCCGAAGAGCCGUACGCGAUAAUAGCUCUCCUGCAGAAUGACUUGGUAGUGAUGGACCUCCGAAGUCAAGGCUUUCCCUGCCUGGAGAACCCCUACCCCAUGGACAUCCACGAAUCGGCUGUCACCUGCGUCUCCUACUUAGCUGAUUGUCCUGCCGAUCUCAUUCCUGCAUUCUAUUCGGUGGGACGACCUCCGCAGAAAAAGAACCAGGGGGGCACGGGAGGGUUCUCGGACAUGGAUUGGCCCAUUAGUGGAGGCACGUGGCCUGCACAUGCUUGUCCUUACGCCGAAAUCAUCAUGACAGGUCAUGCCGAUGGAAGCAUAAAAUUCUGGGACGCAAGUGCGGGAACAUUACAGGUACUGUAUAAACUGAAGACUGCAAAAAUUUUUGAAAAGCCAAAAUCUCGAUCGCUCGACUCCGAAGAGGAUCCAUUUGCAAUUGAGGUCAUCUCACUGUGUCCAGAAUCAAGGAAGCUAUGCGUGGCAGCUGCUUCAAGUCAAGUAAUAUACUUCGUGUACAAGAAAACUGAAACUACUGGAGAAGAAGUGACUGUGUUGGAGGUGCCAAUAGUGUAUGAAGCACCACCAGACGACAUUGAGACUUCGCCGGAUUGUCAAUUCUCUGGACCUGGAAGUGCUGGGUCUGGAACCAAGCUAGAUAUGUUGGAUUUCGAUAGCAAAAAGGAUGGAACGACAACGUUGAAGGUUCGAAGUGGAGUUCAAAAAAAACCUCCUGGAUUUCAAGCGCAGCUUGUUUGUUUGACACCGUGGAAUAAUGGAGAGCCACCUGGGCAUAUCACGACUUUGACCAUCAAUAGCUCAUAUGGACUGAUGUCAUAUGGUAAUGAAAGUGGUCUAGUAGUGAUCGACAUAGAGCAACGGGUUUGCUUGCUAAACGUAGCAAGCCCGGACUUGUAUGGAGCCCAGGAUCCUUACUCCAGAGCACCACGGAGCCCUAAAAAGGGAGCCCAAUGCGGUUAUGAGGGGCCCGUUUCAUUGGGAGAUCAACAGCAGCGGAGUCCCAGUGUAGAUCAGAUGGGCCGUUCCCCAGAGAGCCCCUUGCCCUACGUUCCUUGCCCGACCCCAGUAGAACAGGCUCGUGAGGCUUUAGAGGAGUUGGAAGACUCCUCAGCCGGUAUCCCCAUGACCAGACGCAAAUCCACCACGGCUUGGAAGAAGCAGCUCAAACGAAGACUGUCAAAAGUCGACCUCAAGCUCAAAAACCCUCUCAAAGUCGACACCAGAAGGGGUAGCACUUUCUAUUCUGACAAUCUGUCGCCCAACCAAGACAUCUGUUGUAAUAACAUUGAGGAGGUUGAUACUUCUCCAGAAUCGGAGGAAACUGUGAUAGAACGCAAAGGAAGUGACGACGUCAAUUUAGAAUCGUGUCAAUUUUCUCCAGAAGAGGAGGAUGUGCCUUUCGAGGUGGGGUCUCUGGACGCCAACCGAAAAGUCAAUUUUGCAGUGAGACCAGAUAAUCUAGAGCUUCCAGAAGAUGAUGAGGAGGUGCCGGUAAGGCCACCAAGACAUAAAAAGAAAGAUAAAAGGGAUCAGAGGUUGCUAAGUGUGCCAAAUAUCAAGUUGAUGAGGACAGAGCAGCAAACUUACAGGGACUUGAGAGAUAAGGACGAGUCUACAGUGGUCAGUCCCCAACCGACGUUUGCGGAGAAUUUCAUGAGACGUUUCAACAAGCUGGAUAGUUCCUUCUCGAGGUCGAGGUCAUCGUCUAUGAGUUCAUUGGAGAACAUCACUGCUGAGUCUAUUCAAUGCUUAGCUUUCGCUGAUACGUACACGAAAAAAUCCGAACCAUCGUUGCUGACGCCAACUCUAUGGGUGGGCACAAGUUUGGGCUCAGUAGUUACGAUCCUGGUAAUUCCCCCAGACCCAGACAGCAGAUCGUCUCAGCCUGUCGUGGUUUCAUUGGUGGGAGCAACGAUAUUCAGGUUGAAGGGCUCCAUACUCAACUUGGCCUUUCUAGAUUGCAACGGGGCGCUUAUGCCAUAUUCUUUUGAAUCCUGGAGGGAUGACAAUAGGGAUAGGAGGGAUAGUGGCGAAAGCGUCAGUCGAAGCGAUAACUUCUCUGAUAGGCAAUUUAUUGUGAUAGCUAGUGAAAAGCAAGCUAGGGUGGUAGCUCUACCUUCACAAACGUGUGUCUACAGGCAACAACUGGCUGAUAGCGACUUUGUUGUCAAGGCUGAUAUCAUCUCUAUGCGAGAUGGCGUUUGCUUAACCUGCUACCUUUCCAAUGGCCACCUGACAGCAUAUAGUUUACCAAGUCUAAGGCCACUGUUAGACGUCGAUUUUUUGCCACUAUCUGAGCUUAGUUUUCAGACACAAUCUAGCAAAGGCAUUAAAGAUCCAAUGUUGUCGAUUUGGGGACAACAGCUUUUUGUUAACGAGGAUACGGACCAAAUUGCCAGGACAUUCAACUUCAGCAAUAGAGGUCAUGGAUUGUACCUUGCUUCCCCUUCCGAGUUGCAAAAGUUCACCAUAGAUGCUGAAUUUUGCACGAACAUGACGGAGAUGAUUGGUGAACUGUUUUUGCCAAUGGACAUGCCAGAACCACCUAAAGAAGGUUUCUUCAAAGGCCUCUUUGGAGGAGGUGUUCGUUCCUUGGAUAGAGAAGAAUUAUUUGGUGAAUCAUCAGGCAAAGGUAGCAAAUCCGUAGCUCGCCACAUUCCAGGCAAUCUGUCUGACCUCAACCAACGGGCAACCUCAGCUUCUAGCGAGGUCAGCCGUGCGCACAGGCUUGUCCUGGAACGAGGAGACAAGUUGAACCAACUGGAAGAACGCGCCGAAAAGAUGAGGACCGAGGCUGAAGUAUUCUCAUCCUCCGCACACGACCUGAUGCUCAAGUAUAAGGACAAAAAGUGGUACCAGUUGUGAGAGCGUUAAUUCAACAUAUAUGUAGUAUCCACGGGUCUGAGUGAGAUGGUUGUGACUUGACACGUUCAGUGCAAAUAAAUCGGAGCUGUAACUAUGAGAAACCUAUUCUUUCAAUUGUUUUGAGAUGUUUAGCCCCGGUUUUACUAUUGACCUGUGGCAAUCAAAAUAUGAGCAUAUGUCUCAAAUUUGACCAACGAGAAGGUUUAUGAAGCAAUGGGUCUAUCUAUCUAUCUAAUCUAUCUAAUGGUCGAUUUCUUGUAAAAUACUUAUGAAACUAGACAAAAAUUAUACGAUUUGUGCAAGAAAGGGCCUCUAUCUCAUAUUAAAUCAAGGGAUACUAUGAAGUAUUUAUACAUAAAUAUCACCUGGUUUAGCUACAAAAACCUCUUUAUUCAUUUGGCUCCCGACACAGAACUUGUGACCCAUACUCAAAUUCCACCAACCAAAAAGAAGAGCCUUCAAUGAGCAUUUUAUUGAAGAUAACAGUGUCACUACUUACCUGAGAAAGAUGGCUUAAAAAAGGAGAUAUUUUUAUCAAUCCAUCAACAUGUCCAUUCAGGUUAACUACAAAAACCUAAUUUUUGUCCUGGCUGAACAAAAUUCUGCUUAAUAAAUUAUUUGAAGACUUAAAUAAAAUUUUAGAAUGCUUAUUCUUUACCAAACAUCAAGUAUAUAUCCAGUUUACUUGAAUAUCGUGCGGAAAACUCUGUUUCUUUUUAACUAUUUUUAUGUCAACACGGGUAGAGUUUUUAUUUUCCUGACUCAACAACCAACCGCUGGAGCCACCUACUACCUUUUAUUUUUUUUUGGCAGGGGAAGGAUUUUAUCGCCACUCUUAUGCAGAAAAAACCCGACAGUAUUGCCCUGCCGGCAUUUCCUGCCUUCCUGCCCGAAGUGUGAGAUUCUCCAGAAAUGGCAUACUCACUAAAAACCCCACAGUCGUUCGCCACACAUCCCACCACGGUAAUGCUUACAGCAUUUCUUCAUAGUGGGUAGCGUUGCGCUAAGUUCUCAUACCGAAGGUAUUACUCAACUAUUCUCUAUCGUACACAUACAUACGCUUAUAUGUAUGUGCAUGCACAACCGAGCAAAAUACAAACCUACUAUUGGUUCCUUGGUCUAUUCUUGUUGUUCUUCCGUACCUUACUCAGCAUCCUUCGCCUCACUAUUGGUUGAAUAUUAACCCAUUUCAAUUCGCGUAUAUACGUGGAAAAAUUGUCAGCAGUGAGCCUCUCGCCGAGCGUCAGUACGAGCAGUAUCUGGUAGUCAACUUAACUACCACACUGGAGAAGGUAAUUAGGAGUAUCCUGCUCUCCAUUGCAAUAUACGCAAUUCGCAUAGUCUGUUUUUCCUUCCUUCUUCACGUAGCUAUCAAAACAACCAUGUCCUGUGAGGAACUGUGUGGCAUAGUAAUCUAUCUCCAUCGCUCCCUUGUCAAUCCAAGUUUUAAUAUCUGGUGUUCACCUUCUGGUCCAUGCAGUAUGGCCAGUUGCAUCGCAUCUCUUCUACCAUCUGACAAAAAGCGCCUCUCUUUCGUCGCUUAUAGCUUCAACGGCCUUUUUAUAGAGCGCACAUUUCUCCACAGCAAGCAAAUGAAUUGGCGGGAUUCCAGCCACCACCAGCAGUGCAUCGGUCGAGACCGUUCUGUAACCGCAUGCCACGCGCAGCAAUACUUUUUGCUGGCUUCUUAAUAUCAGCUGUCUAUAUUUGUCUCCCAAAAUCAUGCGCCUCUCACUAUGGGGGGCCUCCGUCAGAUGGCAUCAACCGUAUCAGAGAUGCAACGACCUUAUUUACCUUGUCAGUGGUGCGCCUUAUAGGUUCAAUCGUUUUCAGAUCUUUGUCAAGCCAACACCCAGAUACUUGAUUGCAUUUUGGCUCCGAAUCUUCGAAUUAUCAACUCUAAUAGCUAAUGAAGUUAGCUUCUGUCUGCCGGAAAGUAUAAGUAGUUCCGUCUUCUCAGGAGCCAACUUCAAGCCAUUCUCUUCCAUUCAUAUGGUAGCUCUCGUGAUUCCGUAUGCCAAGAGUCAUCAUCGCAAGGUCGUCAGCAUACCCUGUCAAGCGAAUUUCCUGCAGCAUAUGUAACCAAACAAUCCCAUCGUAGAACACAUUCCAAAGGAACGGUGCUAGGACGGAGCCCUGCGGCACUCCCAUGAUUACCCUCAUCGUCUUUUGCACUACCAUAAGUGCCCUCUAAGCGUACCUUGCCUUGUGUGUUUCGCACGGUAGUUGAGUAAAUUGAAUAUUUACUCGAUGUUUGUUAAGGAAUUUAAUAGAAUUGUGUUCAGCCAGGACAACAAUCGAUGAUCUAGUUUGACUGACCUGUAACUAAUAUAUAAAGAGAAAAAAUUGGUGUCAGCGGCCAAAUGAAUAAAUAGGUUUCUGUAGCUAAACCAAGUGAUAUUUGAAAUAUUUCUAGAUUUAUUAUGAGAAUUAGAGGCGCAUCUUACCAAAGCGUAUAAUUAUUGUUCUCUAGUUUGAGAGACAUUUUACAAAGAAUCGACCAUACUUGGCCGAAUUUACGACCAUAUCGCAAACAAUUCUUUUUGGUUGGUGAAAUUUGCAUCUGAGUCACAUGACCUGUAUCCUGAGCCAAAUGAAUAAAUAGGUUUUUGUGGCUAACCCAGGUGAUAUAUAUCAUGAUAUUCCUUGAUUUAAUAUGAGACUAGAGGCCGAUCUUACACAAAUUGUAUAAUUUUUUUCUAGUUUCAGAGACAUUACACAAGAAAUCGACCAUAUUUUUAGAUCUAUUACUUCAAAAACGCUUUCUCACUGGUCCACAGACGCAAUGGACUCUGGGCAAAAUGCAUAGUAAAUUUUUCCACGGCAUGAACGAAAUGUGGUGAGAUUUGUAGACUGAUUCCUGUACUUUAUCGUAUGUAAAGCUCAGUGUUGUAGGACAUGGGACAUAAAAGUUACAGGGCGUUCAGCUAACAAGUUGCAUCGCAAACCUUUCUCGAGAAAGCAGCAUUAUUACUCCGCAAACGCCUUUGGCAAUAUUCAAUAACGUAUAUACAGGGUGUUACAUUGUUGAGCUGUAUAGCAAUAAAAUGAACUAUCUAUAUUCUUUGUUUUUCACGACGGGGACAAAUGAAGUGUGGUGGAAUUUGUAGACUUAAUGCCUGUUAUUUAUCGCGUGUGAAGCGCGUUGCUGUGGCAUGUGAGAGACAAACGAUGCAGGGUAUUCAGCUAACCAGCUGGUCAGCAACAAAAUUAUAAUGAGAGGCAGAAUUCAGUGCUUCCAUGGUCGCCGUACUAUUGGAAGUAGCCCACACGUCACCACGGUGGUUUAUUUUUUCAAGAAUACAACUUGUCACAGCUCUAUGCUAUGGUAUCCAAUUAUAGUAUAAAGUAUAUUUUAGUAAUAUAUGAGUAUAAUUUUUAUUGUGCAUUAUUUAAAAAAAUAUAUAAAGCUUUGGUACCCCUGAACAAUGAAAUACCCUGUAUAAAUAGUUUUGAUGAGUCUCUCGAUGCAGCAUAUAGUGAUCUGUUAAUAACUAUUAUUUGGCAAGCAUUUGUCCAAUAACAAUACAUUCCGUUCCACAACAUUUAGGCCACCCUGUAUCUUGCUUCCAUGUUUUUUUGUGAAAAUAUCUACAUAAAAUAAAUAAUGGGAUCCAUCACAUAUGUUGUCUGUGUACGUAAUGUUUCACUACCGGGGCGGAUUCUGCCCAAUGUCCUUUUGCGGCUCAAAUUAUUAAAAUCGGGCCUUAUUAAUGUAUUGAGAGUUCUUUAAAUAGCGCGGUUGUCAGUUAAGGAAUUAUCUUCUUUUCAACUUGUACUUAUCAGGCAUGUCCAGUCCUUUUAAUCAUCAAAUUAGAAGACGCUGUUCAAAAUGUUCAACUUCAUAUAACUUCUUGACGUUUACGUGUGAACCGUUUAGAGGUCACGAAAAAAGCUUGGUGGGUUUUCGCUUCAUUUAGCAAGAACUUGAGCUGUGUUAUAGAUUUGCAGAAAUUAUCAAGUGAGUGGAAACUCCGCCUUUAUUGUUACACUUUUCCAGUAUUCAUGAUCUGGAUAGCGACGAAAAGAUUUGAUACGAAUUGUACUCAACGUGUUAAGCUAGACUUGUAGAUCUAUGUGUGGUGUUAAUGAGUAUUUGCAUUCAACGUAUGUUAUAGUUCUUGAGUCGACAAAAAAUGUUUUAACGGUGAGUUGUAUUUACCACUGAUACCACAUAUUUGCCUACAGAAAAAAAACAUUAGUUGCAAUUUGGAAUAUAUAUUACCAUACCAUAUAUUUCAAAUAAUUUUUUUCUAAAUGAAAAUAGUAUGUGUACAGAUUUUCUUACUAGUAUUAUAGCAUUUAUAGAUGACAUUUAUGGAACAGAAAUUGAUAAUAUAAACAAAUGUUGUAAAUACAAGCAUUUUCAUCCUAUUAGCUUCAUUCAUAUGUGCACAUCUUACAUAUGUUUUUCCAUGUAUUUGAAUAUUUAAAAUUUGAAAGCAUAUUCUCCUAACAUAUAGACACACUACGAUCGUUACCUAUGAAGAACAGAUUUAUUUAAUAUUAACAGAUAAUAUUUUCUUUUCCUCUUGAGGAUUUAGUAGAAAAAAAUAAUACUCGUAAAAUUGUUGAAGAUUUCAGAUCACCAUGAUACUUUUGAAAGUAUAUCUGCAAUGUUUAUGUUAUCAGUUCAGAUUCUGAAAACUUCCUUAAAUGCAAAUUGUGAUAUAUUAUAAUCUAUUCCGCCUAUCGUGAGGCUUGGAAUUAUAACCUUAUUGAAAGGCACAUGGUUUUCGCACCUAUAUUAUAACUUUUAAUGAAGUCAAAAAGGUGAGCACAGACUUAUCUGGACUACUUACUAAUUCCGGAUACGAUACCUUGGAAAAUUGAGGCUUAAGUAUUGGAAAACUAAUCCUUCGGGAAACUUGACAAAAGCUGAGCAUAUUUACUUUGUUCAAGUAGGCCACAUCUACUACUGAGCUAGAAUCGUCGCCAUCUAGCGGUUACGUGAUGACUGGGGCUUCAAUUUCGCGGACUAAGAUCUGAACAGUCCCAACCGGUAAGCUGCGAUUCACUGUUGUGUGGUCGAUUCUAGCUGUAAAUCUUAUUCUGUUAGGUCACUUUGGAUAGUGUAUAAAUGCUAUGCUUUCGUUGGUUGUCCGAGAGAUGCAGGCCUAGACUAUGCCGAGGAGUAGCCAAAAAUCUAAACCGCUGUCUAUGAUUGGCUGUCUUUGGUCGGAUGGACGAAAGUGGAUCAUGUUUAUUUUAGUCUUAUUAUUUCCAAUGUGUACUGAACGAUCGGACACUCCACUCCAUAUUAUUUUGUAGUCUUCCACCAUCCCAUUUGUUUUGUGUCUUGAAUGUUAGUAUGCAAUCAAGAAACGUCUUUACUAUAAUUGGUGAAAAAUUCAGAUCAACUUGAUUUGAAACGGUGGAUAAUGCGUUGAUUCAUUUUGGGUUUAAGACAGACAAUGGUAUUAUUAAAAUAGCUACACCUCAUAACUGGUUUGCUAAGUUUGUGUUCACUAAAGCUGGGUUUACACGCUAAUGAUAAAACCUGUGUGGGAGGGAUUUUGACCUGCGUUACAGAAACGUGAGAACCCAGCAAAACGCGUGUUACUGUAGAUCUAUAUACGGUAUGAGGAUUUAGAUGAUAAACUUUUUACCUUUGCUACUGACUAAAGAAACGUUACUUUUAGGAUGUACCUUUCGUUGUACCGUAUUCUAUUAUACAGGCUAUGAUAGGGUGGAUAUUCGGUGACUUUAUAAUUUUUUGAACUGCAUUUGUACAUUGGCAUCAAAUUUAAUCACUUGAAUGUAAAUGAAUCAUUUCAAUGAUCCACAACUUUUACUAGUGUUAUACUGAUUAAUUUUAUCCCACUGCAUAUUUAUGUUCUAAUGACGAUAAUGGCCCAACUAGAAACUCAAAACACCACUAUAAAAUAUAGUAGAGUAGGACGUAUUUUACUUUAAGACAACAUAUUCUCGCAAUCAGAGACACGAUUUAUUUAUCAGACUACAAUAAGCUCAAAAUAAAUGCAUUGAUCAAGUAUAUGAGUAGUCUUACCUCAGAUACAUAAAAUUCUUCACUAUUUUCGUUAAUGGGAUUGAGUGGUGCUGCCAACGUUAAUACAUGAAACUCAAUCUCAUAACAAGACAAAAUUAUGGCAUGUCACCGAAAACACCCUGUUAACUAGUCAUAACCAUACUUACUCCAAAGAGUAACUGAAUUAGUCAUAUGGCUGUAUGUUACUUUACCCUUUAUCAUAGUUGCCAUGUUCAACCUUUCCUUUAAACACUGUAGAUAAUCCUGAGCAUCGUAACUACUCGUAUAUAACGUACGGUUAGCUAUAUAGUGAAUGUAAAUAUGUACUAAAUUUGUUCUUUUCUUUCUUUAAACAACAAUAUAGAACAUGUUAUAAGUAUUUGGAAGACAAUAAGAGGUAUGAAAACAGGAAGAACGGGUUACUUCUCGUAACACCAACGUGGAUCUAGAGGUCCACUUUAGUUUCCUUACUUUUGCACUCCUUUUUUUUCAUUUGAAUGUUUGAGGUGCAACUAUUGAGGCACGGUGGACCCGAUUACUUUGUACUUUCAAUUAUCGGAAAAAGUUUUUUUUUGUUAUCUUCAGUAAGGGAUUCCAUAUAACCCGGUUUCAGUGCAAUAUGAGUGUUAUUUGUCAGAUUGCCGUAAGAUGUCUUUUUAAAGUAUUGGUUUAGAGCUUUUAGAGAAUGACAAUUAAAAAAGAUUGCAACAAUAUUAGCGACAGAUAUUAGAACUAAAAUACCUUUGGAAAGCGAAACUCUUUCAGAUGAAUCACAAUCAUGCAAAGGACUUAGUAAUCGAAUCCAUGCUUUUAGAGCUAACGUCUCCAUAGUACAACUGUCGAUGUAACUAUUGCAUUUUAAUGAAAGUCUGCUUUGCUCGUAAGAUAAAGUUUGAUAAAUGAAACAUUUUCUUCUCCUAAAACUUCUGGAUAAAUAGGAACUUGUUGGCAGUUACACAUGUAAUAAGAGCCUUUGUUCAAGCCCAACAAGAUAUCAACGUUUUUGGAUAUAGCUGAGUCGGUCAUUUCGGAGCACAACAUGCUAUUUACUUAGUUUCUGUAACCUUGUCAACCUAAGCAUAUUACAAUCUCUAUGUUCUGUUGGCUGCCGAAUGAAACCACAAAUGUAGACUAAAAGUUUUCGACCAUUUCGGUUUAGCCUUGAACUAAAAACUUCUGAAUUCAUAUGUUAUUGUCAUUCUGAAUGUUGCACAUUGUGUCCGAAAUGCCAGUAAAUUUCCAUUUAUACAUUUGUGGUUUAAUUCUGCAGUUAGCAGAAUUUGAUGCUUGAUCAGCGAGUCAAGGAUGUGUUUCAGAUGUUACACUAAGCACAUUUGAUCUGAUAAAUGAGAUUCCAAAAUCCCUUAAACCUUAAACCUUGCCAGUUUCUAUACAUUUAUGAUGCGUUAGUUAUUUUGACACAGAUAUUUUAUUGGGAUCUGCACUUAUUGCAAAAUUCAAAAACGGCAGAAAUCACAUGCAUAUCAAAUAACUCAGUUAAAAUGAAUAUAUUUAUAUAAAACGUUAACGUAUCUCAAAUGUUUAUCUAAAUAGAAUCAAAAGAUUUUAUGGAAUUUCAUAACCUGGAGAUGCUUCAUCAAUUUUGCAAUGAGUACAAUUCUCAAAGGCUCCAUAUCUCGCAUUAAUUCAUCUCAUACCAAUGGGGAAUAUGCACGUUUUUUGUAUCUUCUCUCGAUUAUUUCCGUUAAUAUAAUAUCAUAAACACAUACUUCAUUUUUCGCGCUCUUCGCAGUGACGUCAAAACAUAUGGUCAUUUUAUUAAUGCGGGUCCCACUCGAUGCUUCCAACGUUGUGUACAACGUUGUUUACAACGUUCGACACACCACAAUUGGCAAGUGCGUCUCCUACACGAUGGGAUGAACUUUUUAGUCUCGGACGUUCGACGCAUGGUGGCGCCAACAUCUAUUAUCGGUGUCAGUGUCGCGCUUGAACCUUUACUACUGAAGGAAAAAUUAUACAAAAUGAACGAUGAAAUAAUUUGUUCUAACGCCGAAAAAUAAUUUCAGAUGUGUCGAAAAACGAAGUUUAACCGUUUUUUGUUCGUUUUUCGACGAUCACUCCGCCGCCACUGAACCGAUUUUCAAAAACUGCAGAGCUUUUUCGACAUUUUCAUAGUAGUAACCUAGGGUCAAAAUUUCAUCAAAAUCCUGAUAGUAUCUACUUUCAGAGUUAUCAUAUAUUUAAUCAUUUUCGUUAGUUAUGAAAUGCAAGUCAAUAUAUCUCUCAACUAGUCUUGCAUUGCAACAGGACAUUAUACUGAAACAACUGUAAGCACUUGAUAAUUUAUAAUUUACUAAAAUACAUAUCCUUGGGCCAGCCAUAACUCACCUGCGAAACGUACGAAAUAUUAGCAAUAUGAAAAAAGUGUCGUUAAGGCAGCCUAUGCUCUGUAUGUAUACUAAUUUAAUUCAUUCUCCUCAAAAGUUAGUUACGGAACAUACAUUAUUAUGAACAGGUAGCUAUUCAAAUCAAAAUAUUUCCCACAUACCACUAAUUCGCCAUAAUUACAGCAAACAAGUAAAUAAUGUUUUUCGCCGCCACUGGUUCUAACAUAAAACCAUCAAACACAUAACAUCUCGUGUGGGAGCAUGACGAACCUUGCUUCCAACGUUGUAACGUCCUUUUACGCGGGUUAACUUUACCGACAAGAGGCCGAAUGUGCCAUGUGGCGAACGUUGGACACAUGUAAACGAUCAGCGCUCUCCCACACGAUGUGGCGAAUGGCCAUGUGUCCAACGUUGUAAGGCAUUCGCCACAUCGUGUGGGAUAAGUUUUAAGUUUAGUUAAUUUCGGUGUAGCUAAUAAUCUAUGUUUGAGUUGCUGUCAUGAUUUGCUGUCAAGCUUUAAAAUGUUCCAUUUUAUACCCUCUACCCUCUAGUUUCAAUUGAAACAAGGGCAUGAAAAGAGCAUAUUUGAAGAACAGAAACAUUAUUAUAAGUACUGUAGUGUGCACAUCUAUAAAAGUCCGAUACAGAAAACACCCGAAAGUGUUUUUUCAUAUUCCCCGAAAUGUUAAGAUAAAAGUGAUUUGAAAUUAUGAAAAGGGAUAUAUCCCCAAAAAAUAUUUCAUAUUGUUGUGAAAAACAUCUUAACGUAAGCACAGAAUACGUAACUACCAUUUUGUCCAAAUAUGUUUAGUUUGUACUUACCUUAGAUUUUAAAGAGUUUUUUCCUUUUGAGAUUUGAUGAAGUGGUGGAUUCCGCGUCAACCAGUACUCUUUGGUACUGAUCAAACUGAUAGGUUGACAAUCAAUGACAGCAACAGAUGAUCGGCUGCUCACUUGCCGACAUCAUGACGACGUGACGGCAAUAGCGUUGCGUUUAGAUAUUUUGAAUUUGCGGCGUAUUUUCCCAUUUUUUUUUUAAUAAUUGAUACUCGUGACUUUAUAGCGCAUAAGUAUAAAAAAAGGUUGAUGGUGACUUUCUGUAACAAUAAAAAUGAAUAAACGAUAUUUGGAAUCACAUGCAUAUUCUCUAUUGACAGUUGAGCUGAGCUUCGAAUAGAGAGGUGAUGAGCUUAUUUUUUAUCCUCACUACUGACAAAGUGGUCCGUAUUCAGACUUGUGAUCCCUGGCAGCAAAAACUGAAAAUGGUGAUGCAUGAAGCAUGAUCUAUAAAUGUGUGUAUGCUUUACCAAAUAACAUGGACGAUUGUAAACUUUCGACAUGACUGCGCGACAUUAUUGGUAAAGUUAUUCCGAGAGUCCACGACUAUAAAAUGUAAACUAGAUUGAGCCUUCAUGAGUAUUAGAGGAAAAAUAAGAUCAUCUGAAUCUAAGCAACUGUAUGCCAAUAUCGUUGAUAUGGAUAAAUUAGAAAAGAGAUACGAGAAACUGACGUUUUGAUGGAAGUGGGGUUAUCCGCAAAAGCAGCUUUUUUGGGCCUUUGGUUUUUCUAUUACAUCAUUUGAUAAGUAUUUUUACACUUCACCUGAGGAGAUUUGCAAUGCCACAAGAGAUUCUUGUGACCUGAAAAAUGUAACAAAGAUAUCAAACAAAUAUUUGCUUAACUUUUUUUAAUUUCCAUUUUUCUAUAAUUCUACAGGAUCUAAGAGGAGAGCAUAAUGUUGGUACGCUGAAAAUAUGAGAAAUUUUGCUUACGCACAGAGGUAUUUAAUCCCGAGCUGUUUAGAAGAAAAAUAUUGAAUAACUAUCAAUAGACUGUUAAUUUUGACUUAUGUUUUUAGUUACAGUCUUUUCUUUUGUCUGAAAUAUUUUUGUUACUUCUUAAUAUGGUUCAAAAGUUUCAAGAGUUCAUUUAAUAUACCUUGAAUUAGUCCGAUAUGGAAGGCACAAAUGGAGUCCCCUACCUACUUGUUAAACUUUUCGGAAACGGUAGGUUUCCAUCCAUUUGAUCCACGAAGAAAUUCAGUUAUCUUCAGUUUACUGUCAUUAAUCGAUAGUAGAAAAACGGAGCUGUAAACAUAAAAGCAUGAAUGAAAAAAACCGUUUUUUUCAACUUCGUGCUUGCUUUUUGAAGCUCAGAAAUAUUGUCGCAUUUAGAUAAUCAAUAAAGUCUGAUUAUCUUUGUUACUAACAAUCGCCCUGCCCACCUCACCGCCUGCUCCAUUCUUUAAGUCUUCCUUUUUCUCCAUUUAACAUUUGCCAAAUAUGUACCUAUUUAUCGCAUAAGAAUCAAAGUAUAAGAGGAUAAUGUAUAUGUAGUAGUUAUAGAACAAAUGAAAGUGGUCAUUUUUUGGCUCGCAGUCUAGUAUAUUCGCUUAGCGGGUGAAAGUGUUGUAUUUUUUCUGUAACAGAGAAACUGAUGUAAAUGUAUCCAUUGCUUGUUACGUGGAAAUAUGUUUUAGUGACAUUUUACACAAAAAAUAAACAAAGUAACUACUUAAUUACCAGUUUACAGAAGGCAUCGACAGGUUCAUGAUCUGUUUGAAUAUAUACACCACCAUGUAUAUUAUUUUUAUGUCAAGGAUCAUAACUUAUUGAAGAAUAAAAAAAGAAAUCAAUUUUUCAUAAUAACGAUGCACUAGUAAACCUAUAUUUUGAUGUGUACACAGUUUUCUAAUAUUGUCGAUAGUGACAGCGUCAUAAAUGAAAAGCACACUUAACAAAUUUUCACAUGGCGAGCACACCGAAUUUUUUAAGCUAAAGAUAGAAGGUAAGGUUCCGCAGUUAACCUACUACCCUGAUUAUUGUAAAACAUUAAAUGGGGUGACUAGGUGGGACUUUUUGUGUUUUCUUUAUAUAAACAUUCCAUUUCAGAGAGCCUUGGAUGAAAUAGUGGCAAUAUUGUGGUAUGUAUACGGUGUUUGGAUGCUUGUUUUUCGCUGUUGCCAAUUUUUCACGUAUAUUUCUUGUAUAGGUAUUAAUUUUUCAAUGCGAUCUUACAUAACAAUUUUUUGUACGCUAUCAUUUUAGAAGAAGAGAACCUGGCACGUGAUAUAUCUUUUCGUAUGAAAAAUAAGCGGUUGUUACUGCCACUAUUUCGUAUAAAAGGCCGUUUAGUCUACUUAUGAAACUAUUUUGUAAGCUAAUUUUACUUACCUAUAUUUACUGAAGUUAGGUGCAUUUGCCUUUCGAUGGUUUUUGUAAAUUAACCGAAUUGCAGUAAGAAUAUACAAUCAUGGUGUUGACGGUCCCUUAACUGGAAUACUUUGAAAAUAGACACAGUGAAUCUCUUUGAGAGGUUUGAAAAGUUACUCUAUAUUAGCACUAUUAUAAUUUGUGAUUUAAGUUUAGGAGAACGGAUUCUCUUUCAAAACGUCACAUUACAUCUUUUAAUGAAAAGUGAAAGAAAAAAAUUGCAAAUUUGAAUGCAUAUCAUGCCAUUGCUAGUUACUAUUUCAUGGAUAUAAAAACAUCCCCAAGUUAUUUACUUACUAUACAUCAUGCUCUGUAUAAUUGUCUGCAUUCGCUUGAUCCCCACAUCGUGCAGAAAAAAAAACAGUUCCAAUUAUAAGAAACGCUGAUUAACACAUACAUAUAUUCAUUGACGCAUAGGUGUUAAUUUUUUACAUAAUAUAUAUUUUAUUUUUGCAUUCGUUCGAACUACAUAUAAAAAUAUUUAGAGAAGUGGGAGCAAUUCGUUGUUAUAACAUUUGAAAGUAUAUAUUUAGGAUGUAAAAAGCGCAAAUAACACAUUGUAUGGUUUUAUCUGUCAAAGUUUAUUUCCGUUUGUACACCAGCUGCUGUGUGUAUAUUUGAGAGGAUUGCGUUCCCAUUUCAGUUUUAUGUAUAUCCUGUUAAGCUAUAUCUAGUAUACACAUACAAAUAAUAUAUUAUACUGUUCUAUGAAUAAAGGAUGAUUUGUUUAAA